ACGGCAAGAUGCUCCGAGUCCUUCUGGAGGACAUGAACUACGACUUCGACCUGCAGGAAUGGCGGGCCCUGCAGGAGCCCGUGUCCGUCUCCAGGAAUGACGUACUGAUUACGGAAUGCGUCUACAAAUCGACGGACCGCACAACUAUAACCAAAGGUGGUCUGAGUACCCGGGAGGAGAUGUGCCUUGCUUUCCUGAUGUACUACCCCCGCAUGGAGAUCGUAUCGUGCAUGAGCCAAGUUUCCCUUACGGACCUGGGCAGGACACUCAACCUGUCUAGUAAGAGCGGCGAAGAGGUGUUCACCACCCUGUCCGGCUGGAUGUGGAACGAUGCCCGCGCCAAGGAGCUCGAGAGGAACGUCCUGGAGACCAACCAGACCGUUAUUGUGGUCAGUCGGACGGGACUGAAGUACGUCCCAGUGAAGAUCCCGGACAUCCCGGAGAAGAAGGUCACUCCGUGCGUGAGGAUGCUGUCCGGGCGGGCUCCCGGCCACACCGGGCGCCCCGCGGCCCUGCUCCUGACCGCCCUGUUCGUCUGGCUCACUCGUGGGGAGGGCUAAGGGCUGGGAUCGCGCAGACCUGACCCCGUCCCAUCUACGGGACCCGUCCCGUCACUCCUCUACCCUCGAUAUCUUCCCCUCACCCUGCAAUCCGUCACUCAACCAUUCACUCCCGCCCCCCUCGCUCUGCACUCCCCUCCACUCUCACUUUCCCUAAAUCGCCCCACGAUAGCACUCAAUCCCCCCACGCACCCACUCCAACCCCCCUGCCCGCACCAACUCCCCACUGCUCUUUUCGCUUCUACAAUGUAACUCACGCACUGUUCCCCGCUUCCACUCCCUUUCCCUCGUCACUCCCAUUCAAAUUCCCCCCUGCCCUUCCUCUCACCUGCCAUUCCCCCUCUCUCCCACCUGUCCCCGGUCUCACCCUCUACCAUUUCCCGAAACCGCUCUGUUCCACGCCCUCCAUCUUAGCAAACACAAUUCCUCCCCCUUCCGGACGCCAUCGUCUCCACCCUUUCAAAGCCUUAGCUCCAGUAAACCGCCGCACGUCCCUGACCCUACUCAAUCCCGCACCUCACUCGAUCCCUGGGGGCUACACAUUCACAAAUCAGAUCGAGGCUCGCUGUACGCCUCGGAGACUAGAAAUGAAAAAUAUACACUUAAAUAAAUCAAGAUAAAUUUCUGAAACAGCCUGACUGGUUACUAUUGCGACGAAUUGUGAAGUUACAUCUCAUCAGUCACACCUGGCCCAGACACUAGGGGGCGCUCCACCCUCAACGUCCCAUCACACACUCCAGGGGUCAGACACAGAGUGAAUCUCCCUCCACACCGUCCCAUCACACACUCCCGGGGUCAGACACAGAGUGAAUCUCCCUCCACACCGUCCCAUUACACACUCCCGGGGUCAGACACAGAGUGAAUCUCCCUCCACACCGUCCCAUCACACAC